UAUGAGGUAUGUAUUAAGAUCGUCUAAGAAAUUCGGGCACGGACAGCGGCAGAGCAAGAGAAUUGAGGGGCAGGGCAAGAGAAUUGAGGGGCUUCAUCAACGGGAGUAGGCGGUGAUUCUGCAGAGAAAUCUCAUCCGCUCAGCUCGGAUUCCGGAAUUCUGCCGUCCUCGGCCGAAAUAGAGAGAAUCGAAGCUCCUCUGCUUAUUAGGUUUUCGUAUAAGCCAUGAAAUCCCACCCGCCAUGCUCCUCGAAAACGCCCGUCAGGUUCAGAAUGCCUACUGCUGAAAAUCUUAUUCCUAUUCGCUUGGAUAUCGAAAACGAGGGGCAACGUUUCAAAGACUCCUUUACUUGGAAUCCCACUGAUCCUGAUUCUGAAGUAAUCAGUUUUGCAAAACGGACUGUCAAGGAUCUGAAGUUACCGCCAAUCUUCAUCACUCAAAUUUCCCAAUCAAUACAUUCACAAUUGGCUGAAUUUCGGUCUUAUGAAGGGCAGGAAAUGCAUUUAAAAGAGAGGAUUGUGCCCAUUAAGCUUGACAUACGUGUAAAUAAUACUGUACUCAGAGACCAAUUCCUUUGGGACAUAAGCAAUCUAGAAAGUGAUCCUGAGGAGUUUGCGAGAACCUUAUGUAAGGAUUUGGAUAUUGAAGACCUCGAAGUUGGACCAACAAUUGCCGUUUGUAUAAGAGAGCAGCUUUUUGAGAUUGCCAUCCAAGGUGUUGCUUCUGCAAGAGAAAGCAGAGUAGGGAAAAAGGGUAGAAGAGGAGCUGAAAGUUUCAUAAAUAGUAAAAUGAGUAGUAGUUCUCUCGACCUGGUGAAGUUAUUUGGCAGCAAAGGAAGUGUUGUUCGGAAAAGGAAGGAUUGGUACUUGUAUGAACCCAUUGUCGAUAUUCUAUCAAAUGAGGAAGCUGAGGCUCUUGAUGCAAGGGAAGUGCAAAAUGCUCGUUUGAAGAAAAAGCUGGAUGAGAAGGAAGACAGCUUUCAGGAACGCAGUUGAGAAGGAAGAGGCUUAUCGCCAACCUGAUUGAUGAUUCCCAAUCAUUUCAUUUGCUGAGCUCUUGUGGGUGAUAAAUGAACCAUGGAUUGCGGGUGAUCGCCGCCGUAAAUGACAGCAAAUCAAAUUAAUUCAAUAUCAAGUUGUAUCCGUUUGUAUGCAAGAAUCCAUUUAUAUCAGUUUUCUUUCGGUUACCAGAAUGCCUGAGGUGUUCCUUGGCCAUGCAAAUUUUGAUAUUAAAGAAAUACGCUUUUUAGCUGACUUAGAGAGAACAUCAAUUGUAGUAGUCUGACUUAGGUUAUUAUCCAGAGCUAUCAGAGCUUUGUUUUGCUUGAUAGCA